UUCACUGUAUCAAUGUUCAAUCGGAUUCCAAAAUAGUUGGUUUUCAAUAUUUCAAUAUCCAAAAAAAAGAAAAAAUCUAAAAUUCCUCUCUCAAGUAUGAUUCACUCCUGAAAAUGGUAUUAUGCUUUUAAAAAAUAUUUCUACUAUGUAUGUUUUUGUUUUCAAAUAUUUUUAUGCUUUUGUUUUUGGAUUUCAAAUUCCAUUCCUUUUCUUACAUAGAAGAAAUAAAAAGAAAAAGGGCAGUCAAAAAGAAAGAAAUUAAUUCACAGGUUUUGAGUCGCCAUUCGCCAACGCUCAAGUUCCAAACUUCUUCACCAAUUCUUCGCACGUCAAACGAAUCAAACUGAACCCAUUUCUGUAACUCCCUAGCCUUGCCUUUUGACCCAUUUUUGUACGGAACCCUUCUAGGGUUUUUCUUGUUAUUAUUAUUUUUAAUUUCAUGAAAAACGGCAGUUAAAUUUGAUGGAGUUUAUUGGCAGAACUCUUAAGAAAGAGUUCCAAGGAUUUGGGGUUUUCACAGGCAUCGUUCAAUCUUACGAUGAGUCGUCUAAAUACUUCGAGAUCGUCUACGAGGAUGGCGAUUCGGAGGAGCUUGAUUUCGAGGAGGUGGUUUCGUUGUUGGAGAACCAUACGAUUAAAGAUAGUGAAGAAGGGUUGGUGCACGUGAAGCCGUCGCGUGUGGGUCGGAAGCCGAAGAAGCGGCGUCGUGUGGAGAGAAAGCGUGGCGACUCAGGUAAGAGUGAUGAAACCCUAGAGAAGGUUGAUUUAAAUGAUGGGUUUGUUGAUUUGAAUUUAAACGAUAGUGAUUUCAAUUUAAACAAUGACGAUUUGAAUUUGAACUGUGAAGUUAAGGGGAAACUUGAAAAGGAAUUUGGGUUUGAGAAUGGGAAUAUGGUUGUAGAUGUUGAGAUCAAAGAUGGACUUGGGUUUGAUUUGAAUGCUGGGUUUAAUUUUAAGUUAAAUGGUGGUGAAGGGUUUAAUUUGAAUUUGAGUGAUGAGGGCUUGGAGGAGAGCAUGGGUUUGGCGAAGAAAGAGACCGGGUGUAUUGAUUUGAAUUUGGAUGUGAAUGGAGAGAUUGAGGAGAGUUUGGAGGUUGUGGAGACUCAGAAGAAAGAGUAUGGUUUUGAUUUGAAUUUGGGUGUUGAUGGUGAAGUUGAAGAUGAUAGUGAUGGCGAUUGUGUGGGGAAAGUGAAGGAAUCAAUUUUAUUGGAGAGUGCAGAAGGGGGUUUUGCCAGUGAAGAGUUAAAAGAAGUUAAUGUGACUCCAGAUUUUAGUUAUGAAUUGGUUUGUGGACUUAGGAGGGAAACCAGUAGAUCGAUUGAUGAUUUUAGGUCAGCAGAUGGUUGUAAUGGAGUUCUGUUGAAGGAUGAGUCUGUGACCCCUGCCAGUACUGAAAAUGAUGGGUGCCAAGGUGAUAUGGGAAGUUCAUACAAACAAGGGACUGGUAGAAGAAAAAGAAGAAGAGUUACAGAUAACUUGAAUUCAUCUACUGAACCGGUGUUGAGAAGAAGUACACGUAGAGGAUCUGCCAAAAACAAUGUUUUUAGCUCAUCAACAAUUUGUGAUUUCAGUGAAUUGUCAUCUGCUACUGCUGGUGUGUCAAUGAUGGAGGGGUUGCCAGUUACAGUGGAUGCCAAAAGGUUUCAUGAACGUGCAGUUCUCCCUCCAAAGUUGCAAUUACCCCCUUCUUCCCAGAAUUUGGAUUUAGAUGGAAUUCUUAUACUCGAUGUUUUUUCUAUCUAUUCUUGUUUGAGAUCAUUUAGUACUCUAUUAUUUUUAAGCCCCUUUGAGUUGGAUGAUUUUGUGGCUGCACUAAAAUGCUGCUCCCCUAGUUUGUUAUUUGAUUGCAUUCAUGUUUCGAUUUUACGUAUGCUGAGGAAGCAUUUGGAGCACCUUUCGAAUGAAGGCUUUGAAUCUGCUUCUAAGUGCUUGAGGAGUCUUAACUGGAAUUUGCUGGAUUUGAUUACUUGGCCUGUUUUUAUGGUUGAAUACUUCCUCAUUCAUGAUUCAGUUGUGAAACCUAGUUUUGAUCUUACUUGCUUGAAGCUAUUUAAAAGUGACUAUUACAAACAACCAGUGUCUGUAAAAGUUGAGAUGCUUCGGUGUCUUUGUGAUGAUAUGAUUGAGGUGGAAGCCAUAAGAAUUGAGCUUAGCAGAAGAUCAUCAGGGGCUGAGCCUGACUUGGAGUUUGAUCGAAAUAUAAACAAUGAGUUUGGCAAGAAGAGGAGGGUUGUGAUGGAUAUGUCUGUUGGAUCUUGCUUGACAGAGGAGGUAAUUGAAGAUGCUAAUGACUGGAAUAGUGAUGAAUGUUGUCUCUGUAAGAUGGAUGGGAAUUUGUUGUGCUGUGAUGGUUGUCCUGCUGCAUAUCAUUCGAAGUGUGUGGGUGUUGCCAGUGAUCUUUUGCCAGAGGGCGAUUGGUUUUGCCCUGAGUGUGCACUGGACAGACAUAAGCCUUGGAUGAAACCUCGCAGAUCACUUAGAGGAGCAGAAUUGUUGGGAGUUGAUCCUCAUGGGCGGUUAUUUUAUAGCAGUUGUGGUUACUUGUUGGUGUCAGAUUCAUGUGAGGCAGAAUCCACUUUCAAUUUCUAUCACAGAUAUGAUCUAAAUGUUGUUAUUGAUGUUCUGAAGUCAUCUGAGAUCUUUUAUGGUGAAAUAAUAAGUGCAAUAUUCAAGCAGUGGGAUUUUACUAUUGGCUUUAAUGGAGUGCAUAGUAUUCAGGAUUCCCUUAACUAUAUAAAUUCAAGCAUGCAUACAAAGGCAGAAGCUCCUGAUAUUAGCAUGCCUUUGGCAUCUUCUGAAACUUGUGCAAUUAUGAGUGAGAUUAGCAAUGGUAGAAAGCCAAAAAAAAAUUUUGAUGGUGGAUAUUCUGGUCAUUGUGGCUCGGAUGCUUCUAAAUCAGUGAAUGUAAUGGAUUCAGUGACUGCAGCGGAAAGGCCAUAUAUAAGUUCGGACGGAUCUGCUGAAACCACCCAACUAAGUUCAGUCAUUCAGAAUUUUCAGAAACAAGAGCCCAGAUACUCUCUAAGAGCUGCUGAAUUCUCAAAUCAGUCUGGGAUACCUGGAAAGUCACCACCUCUUGGAGACAGUUCCCUGACAUCUACUGGUUCAGAUAUUAGACAGAAAAUUGCAUCUCCUGGCAAUAUUUCAUCUGCGAUAAACACCAGAAAAGUGGACAGACAAGUACUAUGUGAAAUUGCUUACAUGAACCACUAUAGUUUUGCUCAAACAGCUUCGUCUGUAGUGGAAGAGCUGAUGCGUAAGUCAUCAAAUGAAAUCAAAGAAGAGGUUGUAAAGUCAGAGGAGGAGGUAAUUUCGACACAGAUGAAGACCAUUUUGAAGAAAUCAGACAAAUUUUGCUGGCCAAGUAUUCAAAAUCUUAAUGUUGAUGCACAGAAAGAAAGAUGUGGGUGGUGCUUCUCUUGCAAAGUUCCAGCGGACAUGGAUUGCUUGUUUAACAUGAAUAGUGGUAAUCUUGUGGGAAGUUUGAAAAGGGAGGUGGCUGGCCUUCAAUCAAAAAGGAGCAAGAAAGGGCAUCUUGUGGAUCUCAUAAGUCAUAUUCUCUCUAUUGAAGAUCGGCUGCGUGGGCUUUUAGUAGGUCCCUGGCUGAAUCCUCAUUAUACCAAACUUUGGCGUAAAAAUGCUUUAAAGGCAGCUGAUCUAUCUUCUGUUAAACCUUUACUUCUGAUGUUAGAGUCAAAUUUGCAUCAUCUUGCACUAUCUGCAGAGUGGUUGAAACAUGUGGAUUCUUUUGCUACGUUGGGUUCGGCUUCUCAUAUUGUGCUUGCUUCAUCGCGAACCUCAAAGCAUGGAAUUGGCAGAAAAAAGUCUAGAUUCUUGGAUUCUGAGGGUAACCCUUCGUCAAAUGGCUCUGGGGGAUUGAGCUUAUGUUGGUGGAGAGGAGGCAGGGUUUCUUGUCAGCUUUUCAAUUGGAAGGUCUUGCCUCACUCCCUUGUUUCCAAGGCUGCUAGACAAGCUGGGUGUGCCAAAAUACCGGGCAUAUUGUACCCCGAGAGUUCAGAUUUUUCAAAAAGAAGCAGAAAUGUUGCCUGGAGAGCUGCGGUGGAGUCCUCAACCACAGUUGAACAGCUUGCAGUCCAGGUUAGAGAAUUUGAUUUGCACAUCCGAUGGGAUGACAUUGAAAACACACAUCCUCUCUGUGCAAUGGACAAAGAAUUUAAAAAAUCAAGUAGGCUGUUCAAGAAGGCUACUAUCCGAAGGAAGUGCAUGAAAGAAGGGGAAGGGAUAAAAUACCUUAUUGAUUUUGGCAAGAGGAGAAAUGUUCCUGACAUUGUAGUGAAACAUGGAACAAUGGUUGAAGAAUCAUCUAGUGGAAGGAAGAGAUAUUGGCUGAAGGAAUCUUAUGUACCCUUGCAUCUUUUGAAAGGUUUUGAAGAAAGAAGAAUAGCCCGUAAGUCAGCUAAGCUGAAACCUGGGAAACUUGUGGAGACUGAUAGAGCCACAAAGAAGUCUUUUAGACAAAGAGGGUUUUCAUAUCUCUUUUCAAAAGCUGAAAAAUCUGAGUAUCAUCAGUGCAGGCACUGCAACAAAGAUGUCUUAAUCAGGGAAGCGGUUAGCUGCCAGUUUUGCAAAGGAUUCUUUCAUAAGAGACAUAUCAGAAAAUUUGCUGGGACAGUUGCAGCGGAAUGUACAUAUACAUGCUACCAAUGCCAAGAUGGAACGUUAAUGAAACGUGGCAAAAUAACCGCAAAAACUGGCACAAAAAAGGGAAGAGUAAACACCAAAAGCGUGAAAGUUCAGUCUCAGAAAAGUAAAAGGGCAACCACAGAAGGCAAGUCAGUGCAACUGAAGGGCCAUAAAAAACCAGUUGGCAGGAGACCUUUACGAUCAAAAAAUGAUAAACAAAUUACUUCUGUACCAUUGCGACGUUCUACUAGAAAAAUUAAAUUUGUGUCAGUACCAAGCAAGAAGCGUGUAGGGCGUAAGAAAGGGAAACUGAAAACUAAAAAGAAGAUAUCCAGAAAACCAAAGAAGGACCCUUUUUGGCGGAAGCACAGAACACAGGCCUAUUACAGUUACUGGCUCAACGGUCUCCGGUUAUCUAGAAAGCUUGAUGAUGAACGAGUGAUGCAAUUUAGGAAGAAAAAUUAUUAUGAUUCUUCUGAAAAUUUAACUGAUGUCCUUGAUAAACCCAAUUGCUGUCUUUGUUGUGAAGCUGGAUAUACAUCUACAUCAAACUUUAUUACUUGUGAAAUUUGUGGAGAGUGGUAUCAUGGGGAUGCUUUUGGAGUUAAUGCAGAGAACAUCAAUAAGCUUAUUGGAUUUAGAUGCCAUGUGUGCCUAAUGAGGACUCCUCCUUCUUGUCCUUGUAAGUUACCGAUAGGAAGUGAUGGUUUGCAACUGGUUGAGGAACAAAUUAGUAAUGAGAUGGAAUGUUGUGAGCAUGUAUGUGAGCCUGUCCUAGCUGAGACUGAGGUGAUAUAUGACAAACAGUCUCACUCUAUUGAAGAUCUUCAAGGCUCAGUUCCAGUUGAUCAGUGCUUUCAUAAGGAAGAGGAAUUGUGUGGUAGUGUGUUGGUAUCUAGGUCUGAAGGAGAAAAAGAUCAUGCAUUUGACAGUACAGAGUUGAAUGCCUAUUCAGUUGAUGUUUCUAACGUGGAUUUUAAAGCAGGUUUACUAUUAUCCAAUGAGAAUGUUAUGUUAGAAGAAAAUACUGUCAGAGCAGCACAUGAUAACACUGUGACUUAUGAUCAGGCAGAGCCUUCUUCCUGCAAGGUUGAUCUGGAUCUAAUGGAUAUUGAAUCAGCAUUGUUACGGCAUGAGGAAAUAAAUGGUUCGGUGAAGACUCCACCCAUCUUAAAUUCUCCCAUGGAUGGAACCCAUUUGGACUUGAAGGAGUUACAUUCAGAGAUAUAUUUGACAUCAGAGGAAAGGAGAAAAAAAUAGUGUAGAUUAGAUUCAGUGUUAUCAUUUAAUUUGGUGUAGCAAGACUGCCCCUACUGUAGAGGCUAGAGUGAUUUGUAAGGCUAGAAUGAUUUGAAUGGCUAGAGGUACAUGUAAAUCUUCCUAAUAUUGUUUAAAUCCUGGCAGAAUUUUUAGGAGCACACUGGAAUGAUUCAUUUACAACUGAAAAAUAAGAUCUAAUUUGUGACCAUAAA